AUGGUUCCGGCCGGGGAGGCCAUGAACCGCGGAAGCUGGCUGGAGGGGGCGAGGCCCAAAGACCACUCCGCAAGGCGGAAGCGGGCCUCAGAGAAACUAAAUGAGGUAUUAGCUAAAGAAGAUGUUGAUGCAGCUAUUCAAUCCAUAUUAUAUAGAGAAAAUUAUAUAAUUAAGGAAUUAAGUAAGUGUUUAAAACAUCAUGACUUCUUAAAUGCAAGAAGAAAAGAGAUAUUGUAUAAAAGAUGGGUUGACCAUGUGGCAGAUCCUCUCCAGAAGAAAAUUAUAGAAAAAGUUACUUCAUACAAGAAGAUUAAAAAAAGGAGACAAGAAGAAUUAGAUGGUUUUUUAAAAUAUGUAAAUAAAAAGGGAAAUGCAUUUAUAGAGCAUUAUGAUCCAAAAGAGUAUGAUCCUUUUUACAUGAACAAAGAGGAUCCGAAUUUUCUGAAGGUUACCAUCCCACCAUUUCGUGACCCUUUGAAAAAGGCACAAUAUGACAAAGAUGAUGGGAAAAGAAUUCUUCUUCAGUGUGAGACUGGCAAAAUAUAUACAAUGAAAGAAUUUAAAGAGGUUGAGAAGGCCAAACUGCAUUCCAGAUUCCCAGGAAUUUCUAGUUCAAGGCAUUUAAUGACUCCAAAUGAGUGGAUUAGACUGCCUCCAAACUACAUAGAAAGUGAAUUUUGUAAAAGGAGCAGGUUUUAGCAACCAAGGAGUACACACCCUGGUCCUUGACUGGUCAAAGAGGACACAAAAGAAGGCUGCUUCAAAGGAAGCCAUCUGCUGCAGGAAGCGCUCAGAUUGAGGACCGAGGACGGCAUUCAAGAAAUGUUCUCUAAGAAAAGCAUCUGCAAUGAACUUUGUCUUUGAGUCUAAUUGUCUGUAUGAUAAUUAAGAAAUGACCAUACUAUAUAUUGACAGUUAUUGCAAAUGUAUUUCC